GAAUAUGGAGCUAAACAUACUUUCAGAAUUCAUGGUGGUAAGAAAUCAACACCUAAACAUCUUAAACUGCUUUCAAGAAUCGCAAUAAGGCAGGAAUCAGACCAUCUUGAUACAAGAAAUAAUUAUGCUAUAGGUGAUAUAGAAUCAGAGAAGUCCUCUUAUAAGAGCAAGAGUCUAAAAUUCCAAAUACAGGCUUCUUCUUAUAUAUCAUCUAUUAAACUUAUUAGAGAGGAACUUGUACUAGCUUCUGAAGACAAAGAUUCUUUUGCAGGUCAGGGGAGAAAGAAAAUCAAAGUUACUACACAUGAUCAAGCGACAAGUCUAAUUGCAUAUGUGAAAGAGAUAUCAAAGCUAUCAGAUAUCAUCGAUGAUGUUGAAAAUGAUAAUGAUAGGAAUAACAAUCAUAGUUCUCAAAUAAG